AUGAACGAAGAGCUGGAGGCCUAUACGUCCCAUGAGAUAAACCGGAUGAUACAAAGGGCCUUGCAGCCGGCUUUUGUUCGGGCUACUAAUGUCGUACACGGCGAUCUUCUCACCUUCACUCUGGUCGAUGUCGGAAUUUUCAAUGUGAAGAGGUUUGAUAGCGCGACGCAUUGUCCACCACAGGGAGACGUUGACGUUGAUGACGCCCCUGAUGUGGGAGGCAUCUACUCUCCGGACAUCGAAACGUCCGACGAUUACGCGCCAUCGGACAGUGAAUCUGACACAACCGUGGAUGAGGAGUACGCGGACGAUAGCAGGGCACUAAGCAUCGAUGAAUUGCCUACAUUCGUCAUUUCACUAACCCAGGCGAACAUUGAUCGCAGCAUUGAGAUCCCGUAUGGCUUCUGGCAACGCCAUAUCCCAAUGGGGGCUAUUGAAGCGGGCGUGUCUAUGGUGACCGAACGAGGGAUGUGGCGAUGUACCCUGAAACACAACUCGAAGAAGAUAUGGGUGAAGCAUGGGUGGACUCGUUUCAAACACAAGCACAAUCUGGUGGAAGGGGUGCGUUGCCAUUUCAAGCUCGUUGAUGCUUUGGUUGUCCAAUUUUACGUGUGGUUUGAUCGUCCUUAGGUCUCGUUUGAAGCUGGUAUGGUAGCUAUAUGCAGUGUUAGUUAGGUUAACUUUAUCAUAUUGUAGUGGAUACUUGCGGUGUGUACGCUCACAUGAUCCUCGCAAAAUUUUCUGAUGGAAUUGCUUUCAUGCUUGAUCAUUGGGUGUAAUGUAUGGUACUGUGGUUCAGUGUAAUGCAAGUAUGUUGCGUAA